GCCGGCCGUACCUCGCCGCGAGUGUGUGUAUCAUCCGCGCUCAGCGUUUUCAUAACAUUCCUCGCGUGCAGUGAAACUUCAUAAAAAAUAUUUUGUUGCAAAAACAAAUGGGCGUAGAUAGUGAAACGUAAACUUGUGAUGAUGCACAGUGUUCUGUGAAAUUUGCGUCGUUUGACAGUUAGUCGUGGUGCAGUUUGCAUUCUUUCCCGAGUUCCGCCCGCUCGGAGGACAGUAAGAGAGUGACAGUUUGCUGUGUUUUGUGCGAGUUUUCCUUGGAGGAGUUCUCUGUGUUUGUAGUCGGAGGCCGUCGUGAACACCGGCCCCGACAUGGAGGGUUACUUCGACAUCUCCAACGACCUGAAGGACGUCUGGGAGGCGGACAUUGACCCGGAAAUGCAAGAUGUACUGGAAGAAGAUUCAGAAAUGACCGAUUGGCUGAUCGAACGGGACUCCAAGUCAGGCGUAGUGUUGCACGACAGACUUAUGACAGACGCGGCCCUCGGAGCUGCCCCCAUCAAGACAGAACACUCAUACAGCCUACAUUCAGAUGUCGAAUCCGCACCCUCUUCGCCACACCAUACCAAAGUCGACGACAUGGAAGACGAAUGCUACCCAGCAAUGCCAGCGAGCGCAUGGAGCAGCCGACGACGGUCCAGCGACUCCCCCCCUCGGGAGGUGAAGGCAGAGCCCAAGUCUGAGCCAGAGUCACCCGCGUCAUCAUGCCCCCCCGCCCCCACCCCUGGCACACCCGUCGCACACCUGGACUAUGUCAUCGACCACACGACCGGUACAAUCCACAUGCCACAAGCCGUGCUACAGAAGGUGGGGGCAGCGGGCAUGCCACAGUUGCUGCUCAGUGCUGCACCAAGGCUCGCCACCUCGCUCAACUCCAACAAACUGUCCAUUAAAGUCACCUCCAGUUCAGGGGCUUCAGGCUUCAACCUGCCGCCCACGCCGCCGUCAUCGCUGUCGUCGUCGGACAGCGAGGGCGCGCUGUCUCCGGCGCACGAGGUGGCGCCGGCGGCGGCGCCCGCGCGUCGCUCACACCUCUACGUGUCGCACCACACGCGCCAGCCCAUCAACACGCCGCUUAUCAGCAGUCAGCCGAAAGGCUCAACUGGCACACUAGUGCUAACAGAAGAAGAAAAGCGCACGUUACUGGCUGAAGGCUACCCCGUGCCCACACGUCUGCCCCUCACCAAGGCUGAGGAGAAGUCCCUCAAGAAGAUCAGGAGGAAAAUUAAGAACAAGAUUUCAGCACAAGAAAGCAGGCGCAAAAAGAAGGAAUACAUGGACCAACUGGAAAGGAAGGUCGAGAUCCUUAUAUCGGAGAACACAGACUACAGGAAAAGGGUGGAGACCCUCGAGCAGAAGAACGCGAGUCUCCUGUCCCAGGUGGCGUCGCUGCAGGCGCUGCUGGCCCGCGGCCGCAAGUGACGUCACCAGCCGCGUGACGUCACCGCCCCGCCGGCCCGCAAGUAAGCGCUGUCCCGUAACGGAAUCAAUGUAUAUUUUGGAUGUAUUUACAUUUACGUACACGAGUGUCCGGGGAAAGAACUGUCAGCGUUUGAAUGGUUGCUCACUGUAAUUGUUAGUAAAUAGGUAUUCUGUGGUGCUCGAUCGCUAUACCUACGUCGGUAUACAAACUGUCAAGUGCCACACUAGAUAUUUAUUUUAUACAACUCUGAAACAGUUUUCGUUCGACGCGAGGGAUGACUUGAUAACAGGGAAUUAGUACUGGGGUUUAGAUAAGUAUCGAUAGUUAUUUACGCGUGUUGUUUGAAAUCUCGUAAUAUAUAUUAUUAUAGCGCUGUAACGGCGAUAAUUAGUCUGUAAGUUUAUUUUAUGCGUGUUUUCAUUGAAAUGUGCAAUUAGGUUAAGGAUUUUAUUGUUACCCAAAGCAUACAUUGUACUUGUGUGGGCUCUCCGUCGUAGAACACAUCGCCGUGAACAGAUCGCCGGUCUGCACGUGGCCUAACAAUGGUAUUUGACACUAGAUUAAACAAUAGAGACUACUAAACUACUUAAUAUAGUUUGGGACAUAGCAUCGCCGAUGUGUAUGAGUGAGACGGCGAUGCGUUGUGUUAUCGGAAUCUUAGUAGCAUAAUAAUGUAAGACGCGCAGUGUACCAGCGGCCGUCUUACCGAUUUAUAUUGAAUUCCAUGAAUUUGCAUUUAUAGCGAAAUGUGUAUUGUCCUAGAGAUUUUACCUUGUAUUUAAGAUAAAGUUAGUUAUGUAUCUAAUAGUGGACCUAUUUAAAACCGAUUUGUGUGACAAUGUGUUUUCGGUUAUGUCUAGUCUCUUGUAGAACCGUCGGGCCUCGUUCUGGAGGCCUCCAUAGAAACAUUAGCUGCGUUCUGAGUUCAUACUGCGCUCUAUAUCGACAAGUACAAAAUAAUGGCAUGCCUUCAACGGGAAAAACGUAACUAACUGUAAUGAGCUAACUCAUUUAUUUACAUGCAGUAUUUUAACUAUAAGGGUUGCCUCACUAUAAAAAUGCGGAUCGAUGGACCAGAGAGAGAAAGAAAGAAAAACUCCAAGGUUUGUAAGCUUUUGUUUUUGUAGUUAGGUGCCUAAAAGCUUAAUGAAUAAUCAAUUUCAAUAAAUAUAUUCUAGCAGAAUCUCCAGUAGUGAGUGCGUUGUAUUUCGUGGUCUUGCCAACUCUGCCGUAGCUACAGCGUCCAGCGUGAUAGUUCCAUAUAACAAGCUGCUAGUGAUCUUUCUAACAUUCUUUUUAAACUAAACAUUCCAUUUCUUAGUUAUGAGUGACUUAAAGUGAGCUCGAGUACUUAUUACUGCUAAUUUGUAGACUUUAGCGCGGGAACACUGUAAACUUUUGUUUAUGGAUACGGAUUAAUGUAUUUUAUUGACAGACUGCACAUCAACCUACCUAAAACUGUCAAACUUCUUCAAUACAUUUUUAACCUUAUCACAAUAGUGGUAGGUUAAUGUUCGGUUGGCAAAAUUUGAUAGAUACGGGUAGGUUGAUCUGCUGGCGUCUGUAACCAUCCAUUUUUUGUGUCUGUGAACUCGAGUGUGGGUUAAGUUGCAUUAAGCUCUUUGCUUUAUUAAAAAGUUUCCAGUGCGCCUCGACAUUUUAUUUAACAAACUUGUAAACAAAUAACACAUUUUGAUAUUAAAAAUGUGCUGUUAUAAAUUUUCGUUUGAAUAAUUUAUAAGACUAGCCAAUCAAUGUUAGCUUUUUCAAAAUUUUAACGUCGUUUUAUGUCAUUUGUAGAAGGUGACGUUUAUGCUUUUUAAAUAUCGAAUACGUAAAGGCAAAGACACAAUUUUGAAUGCCACGUUCUAUCAGACGAAUUUUGGCAGUAUGAAUGUGUUUUCGCCAUUAAAAGUGUUCGAUAUUCAAAAAAUUGAAUUCUACAAAAUAUAAAAAGAAAUCGACAAAAUUGUAAAUAAACCAUAAUCAAAGCUAUAUUUACUAGAAUGCCUGUAUAUAGGUAAUAUCAUUGUUUCGUAUUAAUAUUUCACUGUUUGUGCAAUUAAUUUGUUCUCUAUAUAUCUUAUACACUCGUAAAUGUUCUUCCUAUUUUAGUCAUAUAAGAAAAUGUUCUAUUUAUAUACUUAGCGCUGAAUUAAUAUAUCGACAUAUAGCCCUGGCUUCUCAGGGAACGUUUUAAAGAAUUGAGAUAUAUUUUAAGAGAUUUUUUCUAAGGAAAUUUUAGAUAUAUAUAAACACUGUUUUACACGUCUUUAUCACUAUACAAGUUAGGUCUCUAGAUAAAGUAUCGUACUAACGGUCAUACAUACAAGUUUAUUAUUGAAACUGCAAGUGUGCCUGCAUAUCCAGCAGUGCUCUAAUGGUAUAAACAUCGAUAGUAAAGUAUCCUUUAUAGAAAAUAUUAUUAUUUAAAUAUAUGAAAUAUCCAAUUCCUAAUAUGGCAUUUACCGUCUGCAAAAGUGAUUUUAUAGGAAUUAUGAUGAAUUUACUGAUUUUAGUAAUAUAUUUAACUUAUAAUGGAAUUAAUAUUUAUGUGAGAGAGGUGCGCCUGCGCCUGGCUUAUUAUGACAUAAUAACUUGUAAUGUAAACGAAAUGCCAAACAUACUAUUAUAUGUUAGUAUGCACAUACAUAUUUUGGGUGACAAUGUUACGAUUCAUUCGAGGUUUGCAUGUGUGCGUGAGUCUGAUCUCCGAUGGAUCGUAAUCCGUGCGAGCCCCUAGAGGGGCCGAACGUAUCUUGUUAUUCAUUAUAAAGUAAUUUUAUUUGAUAGUUUUAUUUGUUAAAACUACGUUACCUUGAGUCAUGAUUUGUUGAAUCGUUUGUUUUAUUAUUAUUUUUCAAUGACAUUGCGGAUUUUACUGUCACCCUUCUAAUAAAACGUCAAAUAUUGUAAUA